UCUGAUAAAAUAGAAAUAAGAUCUUCGAAGAAUAAAAAAGCGUGUUAGGAGAGCGUAACAAAGAUCCGUAUUGCCAUUUGAAGUAAUUUUUCUUCACCAUUCAAAUGACGAGAACAAGUGAGAAACCAAAAAAAAGAGGUGCAAUGAAAGCGGAGAGAGAAAAAAUAGAAAAAGGGGACUAGGUAUUCCCAAAUGUCCAUGUUGUUCUUCCCAUUCGUGAAAGCUUUUGUUGUCCUUAUCCAAUGGAACCAGCUCAGACGGUACGAUUAUCGAAAACACUAUCGUAUAUUCUGCGUCAUGGUGCCGUGAAAGAAAAGCUUAAUAUGAGAUCGGACGGCUAUGUUGCUCUUAAUGAAUUGCUAGCCAGACCGAAACUUAAGGGCGUAACACAAGAGCAAGUCGAACAUGUCGUCAAGACGAACGACAAACAACGAUUUCAUCUGAAAUGCGAAGACGAUCAGUGGUGGAUACGUGCUAAUCAAGGUCAUUCACUGAAAGUGAAGGACAUGGACCUGGAACUGUUGACAGAUCCCUUGGAAACGUGUAUCCAUGGCACCAAAUUGGUACAUUGGAAUGCUAUAAAGAAUGAGGGACUCCACAAAAUGGGGCGGAAUCACAUUCAUUUCUCCAUCGGAUUACCGGCCGAUGCUUCCGUCAUUAGUGGUAUGCGAUCUAAUAGCGAAGUGUUUAUCUACAUUGAUAUGGCCAAGGCGAUGGCAGAUGGUAUCAAGUUUUAUCGAUCGAGCAACAAAGUGAUUCUGACAGAAGGAGUUGACGGCACUUUACAACCUACUUACUUUGCACGUGUUAUUGAUUGUCACGGUCAAUCAUUAUUGGAAUAAUCUGAUCCGUAUUUUUCCUUUUGCGUUUUACUUGCUACGAUUCGAUGAGGAAUCCAUGACGUGACAGAAAGAAAGGGAAGAAAGCGAGAGCC